AUGGCCACCGCGGCCAGGACGGGGCAUCUCGAGCGGACGGCAGAGGAGCCGCGGGAUAGGCGACUUCACGAGGUGAGGCUCAGUCGGGUCGAUCAGGUUAACGAGCGGAUACGGCAGUUUCGCCUCGAGCUCCAGUCCGGGCCAGCAAAGUUCCUCCCGGGCCAGUGGCUAGACACGUACGUGCCCGGCAUCGAGAAGGCAGGAGGGUUUACCAUCACGUCCACCCCCUCCGCUGCUGCCGGCGAGGUUGUCGGUGCUGCGACGCCGCCAUAUCUUGAGCUUGCCGUGCAGGAGUCUCCCGGCAAUGAGGUAGCGGCAUGGCUCUGGAGGGCGCCCGAUGAGAUCGUGGGGGCGCUGCUGCUGGUGCGCAUCGGCGGGAGCUUCGUGUUCCCACCCUUGGCGGCGCCAUCAGACUCGGGUUCGGCUGCGCAGCAACAGCAGGACCUCAACAACGUCCGGAGCGUGUUCUUCGUCGCCGGCGGCGUUGGCAUCAACCCGCUCGUGAGCAUGCUAAGCGCUCUCGCCGAAACAAGUCCUCUUCAUGGUGGCGGCGGCGGCGACGCGCUCCAUGUCAGCGUUUUGUACGCGACCAAGAUGCCCGCGAGCGGUAAUCUAAGCGAUGUGCUGUUCAUGGAGAGGCUCGCGAAAUUGUUUGGCGAGGGGCGCUUGAAGGGCCUGCUGAGGAUCUACGCCACGGAUGGUACAGGAGCACGUCUGCCGCCGGAGGGGACGUGUGAGCUGCACGGCGCCCAGGUCAAGAUACGCCACGGCCGCAUUUCCGAGGAGCAGGUCCGGACCAUGGUCGGGGAGCGGGGCCCAGAAGCCAGUCUUGUGUAUAUCUGCGGCCCGCCGAUGAUGACGGAUCAACUGGCCGCGGCGCUCACAUCGGGGGUCGGGGGCAAGCCCUUCAUGGAGCCGGGGCGCGUCUUGACAGAGAAAUGGUGGUAA